AUGGCGAUGAUACAACGUCUUAACAACACGUCUUCUGACAGUUCUUAUGAUAUUACAAGACGUUUACCAUCUUUACAGUUUGAAAGUGCUUUAACGGAUGAAGAAAAAGAACUUUUAUCACUUAGAUCCAGGUCGCACGCGAUAACUGUAUCAAUAUGCGCACAUUCCAUAUAUUUAGCCGAUAUUUUGAGCGAAGUCAGGCAAUUGAGAGCUCAACUGCAAAGUACUUCAAGAAAAACUGCGAUGAUUUUACAUGAUAUCAAUGAAACAAAAGACAGUGUUAAAGUUGGUAUAUUGGGUGGCGGAAGAUUAGGAAGUCAGAUUGCUCAUUGUUUGAUUACGUUCGGUCGAAUGAAUCUACAAAACUUACAAAUAUCAACUAGAAGACCUGAAACAUUAGAAUAUUUACAGCAUAAAGGAGUUGAUUGUUACUAUGGCAACAAGAGAUUAGUGUCAUCUGUAGAUCUGUUGUAUAUCUGUGUUCUUCCGUCUCAGUUACCAGGAAUCGCAGAUGAAAUUAAAGGAUAUUUAUCACCCUCGACUGUGGUUUAUUGUCCGUCCUCUAGUAUGCCGUUAAAAAAACUCAAACAACUUUUACGAACAAGCAAUAUUCUCAAAUCAGAGUUUCAUUGGACAGAAGAAAGCAGUCGUAAUGAAUGGGAUUAUAACGUAAAUAUAAAAACGUCGCUUGAAAAACGAGAUGUGGUUAAUAUGACAAAUCCAAUCUUUCAAAAUAGACCAGAUAAUGUGGUAUUUUGUAACCCGAGAUUAGCGGAGAUGAUGGUGUGUGCUUGCGUAAAUAUGUCGUCUGUUGUUGGUUUAACAACCAGUGAAAUGUUAGAAUGUGUAAAUAUGGUGAUACUAGAAGAAUCUGACAGAAAUCAGUUAGCAGACAAUGUUAGGUUAACCGCAGCUGAUUUUGGUUUCAGUAAUUUGGAUCCUUCUGAGUUAUCCCGUAGAAUAGAUUUACCAUCAAUAGAAGAUAAACAGACAAAACUACAGAAGAAGAUGGCUCUACCAGAAUUUAUAGAAAUAUUUAAAAAACGAUACUCAUGUGUCUUUGAGGAAUUACAUCAUUUAAUUGCUCAUGGUUAAAAUUAUGCCCCCAAAACCCCUUAAGCCAUACAAAAAAAAUAUACUGGCUCUCUGAUGCGGGUGGGUGGUUGUUACUUUUUGUCUUUUUUCAAAAAGAUUCCCCGGUUGUACGUGACAAGGAGUAGGGUCGCCUGUCCAACCUUGUGGGUAUCCGGUUUUGUCCCACUGCUAAAUAAAGACCCCUACGUUCAAGUGAAUUUUUGAAAUAAAACUGAACCAUAUGUUAGUCCCGAAAUGACCUAGUUUGUGUCGAGUGGACGUUAAACUCCAUUUCUCUCUUUCAAAAGAUCACUCUGAGAUUCAAGGCACUAUAUUUAUCUAAUUAUGUUGUACAGUUGUGUAGUUGAUAAAUGAUCCAACGCCACAUCUCUGGGUUCAUUCCAAUUUUUAUAUAUUACAUCUGGGGUAAAAUGUUUAUGUGCAGAAAUUGUCUUUUUAUAAGCCCACAUUUUCAUUAAAGUAUAUACAUGUAACAGGGCCUAUCAAUUGUUGUGAACCCUCUAGGGGUCAAAAUUUUUAUUCGAUAUCUCUGUUUUUUUUUAUAUAUGUGCAUAUCGGACUGUAACUUCCUGGAUUAUGGCCCCUGAUUGUACAAAAAAAUUACAUAUUUUAUUCCUAGCUUGUUCUCUGCCCAUCUGUUGCAAAAUGUGGGCGUAUCUUGAAUGGCAACUGCUUGUUAUAAUGAUGAAUCUUUGAACACAUAUCAACCUGUUUAGUUGUUGAGUCAUCUACCAAUUAGAAACUCCUAUGAUUUUAUAGUUUUUGUGUUACCAUGGAAACAAAUUUCACUCAGUUUUUGGAAUACAUUUGAAUGUUGUUAGUUUUUAUACAUAUUUAGUAUAAUAUGGAAAUUUUGAAAAGAAAUAUGUGAUAACAGAAAUAUUAACAGACAUUAGGUUCACCUGUGCCCUUUGGUAUGUCCAACUUUUAUUUUCUAGUCAGAUCUAUUACCAGCCCAGAUGUUGAUACUGAUAUAUGUUAGUCCCAAAUAAUCUGGUUUGUGUUGAGUGGACAGCAUUAAUUUCUCUUGCACUCCCACUCUCCCUCUCUCUUGCAUCCGCCUCCCUCUCUCUUGCACCCCCUCCCUUUCUCUUGCACCCUCCUCCCUCUCUCUUGCACCCUCCUCCCUGCACCCCCCUCCCUUCCUCUUGCACCACCUCUCUCCCCCCAUCACCUCUUUUCCUCUCUCUUAAAACAAAUGGCCUCUUGGCCCCCAUUCCAUCCUUGCUGUUAAGUAUUGUUUGUGUUAAGUGGUCAGCAUACCCCCUCCCCCCUCUCUAUCUUGCCCCCACCAUCAGCUCUCAAAACUAAUGGACUCUGGGCCCCCAUUCCACCCUUGCCGUUAUGCCUGGUUUGUGUUGAGUGGUCAGUCAUCUUUCUCCUCCUCUCUCCCUCCUCCUCUUGCUUGCCCCACCUCCACCACCUCUCUCCCUAUCUCUCUCAGAACUAAUGGACUCUGUGUCUGUGUGAAUUAUAAUGAAUAUAUUGAUCUGCUGUAAUGUGAUAUGAGAUAUUGAAUAUUAUCUCAACUAGGUUUAUUUUGUUAUAAAUUAUCUAACUGUGAUAUUUAUUAAUAAUGUUUAAAUUAUCAUUGAUUGAAUAAGAAAUAUCCAUUGCAAUUUA